UAGCAUUGCAGUACCGGUUUAUCUAUAAUUGUUCCACACUAGUUCUGAAAAGUGAAAACUUCAUUCUCGUUUUCCAGAUCUUUGAUUCAUUCUUGAAAAUGGGUUUUAUUAAUCUUUGUAGAAUUUUUUCAUUUUUUCUCAUAAUUUUUGUUAAUCAGUUUUCAGCUUUCUCUUAAAUUCUUUAAAAAAAUAAAAAAAAAGAAAAACUUUUAUUCUUCCUGUACCCUUAGUAAGCUAAGCUAGAUCUUUUACAGGUCAAUAUAAUUUUUUUUUCUUAAUAUUUCUAUUAAAUAUUCUUCUAUACCGUGUAAAAAAUCAAGACCACAAGAUUCUGCUUUUGCAUGAAACUCUUUUAGGUGGAAGUGUGGAACCCAUUUUUAUUAUUUUUUUCUUUUUUAAGUAGUGGAUUAAAGGCUGUCGUUUGGUUCUUUGUUUGUUUUUUCUCAAAAGUUUCUUCAUUUCUGUCACAUAGUAGAUAUAUAUGAUCAUUGAUUCAUUAGAUAAAAAUAUUUCUUUCUUCAAUCUAAAUGAAUGGAGUUUGAGGCUUAGCUUUGAGUUCCUUUAUCAAAUUUAGCAUGGAAAAUUUCUGGGUUUUUUCCCGUUGCUUUUUUUCUGCACUUAUUCUUGCUCUGCUAAGUCCCAUGUCAAUGGGGCAAUUGACCCCUAGUGAAAAUCGUCUUCUUUUUCGAGUUCAAAAGCUUCUUGAAUAUCCAGAAGUUCUUCAGGGAUGGAACAAUUGGACUAACUUUUGCUACCUUCCUUCUUCUCCUUCCCUCAAGAUUGUCUGCUCCAACAAUCGGAUAUCAGAGUUAACCAUAAUCGGAAACAAAAGCUCACCUUCUCAUAUCCAGAAACCAGUUUCUCGGAAAUUUGAAGUUUACCAGGAAACUCUUUCAGAAAAUUUCUCUAUUGACUCUUUGUUCACUGUUGUAACAAAGCUUUCCAACUUGAAAGUCUUAUCAUUGAUGUUCUUGGGAUUGUGGGGUCCAUUACCAGCAAAGAUCAACAGGUUUUGGUCGCUUCAAGUGCUUAAUAUUAGCUCAAAUUUCAUUUAUGGUGAAAUUCCUCCAUCAAUUGCUUCAAUGAAAACUCUCAAAAGUCUUGUCUUGGCUGAUAAUCUCUUCAAUGGAAGUGUUCCAGAUCUUAAAAGCUUAACUGUUCUUGAAGAGCUAAAUUUGGGAUAUAACCAUCUUGGACCGCAAUUUCCUUCACUUGGGAAUACCCUUGUAAGUAUUAUAUUGACAAACAACUCUUUGAGAUCUGAAAUUCCUUCAAAACUUACCAAAUUUGAUAAGCUCCAGCAUUUUGAUAUCUCUGUCAAUAAAUUCGUCGGUCCAAUCCCACCUUCUUUGUUCUCUAUGCCUUCAAUUCAGCACCUAAAUUUAGCUCAAAACCAAUUAAGUGGUGCACUUCCAAUGAAUAUAACUUGCAGUGUUAAGCUCAAAUUCAUAGAUAUUUCACACAAUCUUUUGAUAGGAAAACUACCAUCCUGCAUCGGAUCCAAGUCUUUGAAUCGCACAGUUUUCUACUCAUGGAACUGUUUGUCAAACCAAAACAUAAAGAGUCAGCACCCAUAUUCAUUUUGUCAUAGAGAAGCAUUAGCUGUUAAACCUCCAGCUAAAACUCUCAAGAAGGAAUCCAGCAUCAAAUUAAGCCUAGUACUCGGUAUCAUUGGAGGUGUUGCUGGUGUCGCCGCGGUUCUUGGGCUGCUGGUUUUGGUCAUUCUCCGAAGAAAAAACUUAAGAAGAGCUGAAAACAAUAACUUUGACAGAUCCCUUGCUGAUAAAAUGUCUGUACGUAGCUCCACUAGACCAAACAUUGAUGCAAGACGAGUGCCUCAGACAGCAAGGUUACCAGCCACUGGGCUCCCUCCAUAUCGAGUUUUCACAUUGGAGGAAAUUGAUGAUUUAACAAACAAUUUUGAUCCUUCAAAUUUGGUAGGGGAAGGAUCUCAAGGAAAGCUCUACAAAGGGUGGCUUAGAGAUGGUUCCGCUGUGCUGGUGAAAUGCUCAAAAUUAAAGCAGAAGCACGUGUCUCAAUCCCUAAUGCAGAGCAUGGAUACAACAUUAUCAAAGCUAAGGCAUCGGCAUUUAGUCAGUGUUCUUGGACACUGCAUUGUUACUUAUCAGGAUUCCCAUCCCAAUGCAGCUACUAGCACUGUCUUUAUUGUUCUUGAACACAUUACAAAUGGAUCGCUAAAAGACUAUCUCACAGAUUGGAGAAAGAAAGAGAUGCUAAAAUGGCCUCAAAGGAUGGCGAUUACUAUUGGCUUUGCAAGGGGAGUUCAGUUCUUGCAUACGGGAGUUGCACCUGGAAUCUUUGGAAAUAAUUUGAAGAUAGAGAAUGUAUUGUUAGACAACAGUCUUUCUGCAAAAAUUAGCGACUACAACAUUCUCUUGCCAUUUAAGAGUGGCUCUGAGAGUCCUCUGAAUGGAAAAGGUGGUCAUCUAGACAGUGCUGAAUAUGGGGAGAAGGAAGAUAUUUAUCAAGUGGGUAUCAUAUUACUUGAGGUCCUUAUGGGUAAACUAGCCAAUUCCACAAGAGAAUUGGAAGAAAUGAAGCUUGAGCUUGAAAGGGGCUUAACUGAAGGACAAUCGAAAUUGCGAAGUGUCAUCGACUCCUCCAUCCAAGGAAGUUAUGCCUAUCAGUCGCUGAAAACUGCCGUUGAAAUCACCAUCACUUGUUUGAGCAGAGAUUCAAAUAGGCGACCUUCAAUUGAAGAUGUUCUCUGGCACCUGCAGUACUCAAUUCAAGUUCAAGAAGGAUGGACUAGCAGUGGUAAUCUCAGUGCACAAAUGUAGAUUUUUUUUCCCUGAUUCCCUAGCUUGUAUAAUUAUAAUUUCUAGAAACUUUCAUGUUUCUUUCAAUCACAAGAGUUGACUACAUAAUAAAUGUGAAUACAACUAGUGUUUACCUUA